UGCAACUGCAAGGGCAAGUUGAAAAGGCCAACAUGUUGGCUCAUAAUGAGAUACGGUCAUCAUUCAAUACAAAUACAAGCAGCUGAAGCUGUAGUUGAUUUUCGCAUCGUAAAACAUGAAAAAAAUAAUCAAUAUAAUGGACAUGAAAUCAACAAAACUAAAAACUAAAACGAAUAAAACUAUUACAACAGAAGCUGUGCUAUUAGUAGUCGGCAGAAUUCUACAGAAAGUCCUAUGUAUAUACAUAUGUUAUUACAUAUAAAUGACUGACAUUGUUUUAACCAAUGAAUUCAAGAUGUGAUAUAAAUUUACCUCUUUACACCCGCGGAAAUCUGUCUCUCUUGUGGCAAAAAAUCAAUAACAAACCGAAUUUGAGUGGGUUAUGCGUGAUGAGGUUCACGCCAUACUUAGGAAGCUACGAGAGAUUUUAGUGGAGUGCGCACGUCGUUUUCCGGUACCAUGUUUUCCUGACAAUGAGGGUAAACGUACUGAAAAAUUUGUAUUAAUGGCGGCACAGGAUCAGUUAAAAUGUUCCGUUACGCUCACUGGAGACAGCAUAACACAAGCUGAUAUUAGCUACAAAUUGAAACGUACAUCCAGUCAAGUGCAACGAACGUCCAUUACACCCGAUGCGCCAUGGAAACUGCAACAGGUGCAAGAUGCGGCAAAUCAUCUACAACAAGCUAUCAAUCAUAUUGAUAAUGUUGAUGGAAAUUAUGCAUUCAAAUCGCGCGAAGAAGUGCUCCAAAUAAUUGGCGAAUUGAUAGGCGCUCUACAGCGUGGUCGAACUAGUCUACUAAUACCAAAGAAAAAGGCAAUAGAUGAACUUAUGAAGGGGCGAAAUAUGAAAUCGCUCACACCUAACCUACCAGAAGAUCAAGCAAUAUCUUUCUUUUUACAAUGCCACAAACUCAUUAUAGCCGUUUAUCAAUUGUUAAAUGUUCAGGGCACUAUGAAAAUGGAGGCCACACAGGCUGAAUGCUCAGUCGGUUGGCUUAAUGAGGUGCUUGUGUUGUUCACCGUUGGCCUAACACUAUGCCAACAGCUCAAGGAUAAAAUUAAUGCAUUUAAAAUGGACGUAUCAAGUUAGUAAAUUACAUGCCAUCAUCAAUACAUUUUGUUGAAUGUAAGUUAAUAUUCAUAUAUAUACAUAUAUAUAUAUUAUGCCAAAGCCAACAUAUAACGUGUGCGGGUACAAACUAUACUAGUACUAUAAAAAAAAAAACAAACUAAACAGUACUAAACACCUAUAUUCUUAAUACCACACACGCAAGUAAUAUAUAAAUGGGUAGUUAAAAAUACGUACAUACAUAUCUACGACGAUAGAAAAAGGCAUGUUAUAAAAAUAUAACUUCCAUUACCGGUGGCGAUAAACUUACAGUAUACUAUGAUGAAGAACGUGUUGCUAAAGAGGGUGGUAACUAAACAAAUUUAUUGAUCUCAACCAGUGCACACAACUUGCGCAUUAUUUUUCAAAAUUUAUUUUUCAAACGAUUUUAGUAUUUUUUUAUAUUUUAUUUAAUUUUUAUAAAAAUUAGAUAAAUCAGUUUUUGGUUUUUUUUUUCUCACCACUUUGAAAAAUUGAUAAAAGUCAGAUGUUAGCUUUUGUUUUUUAGUAAGUGCAUGCUGGUGCUUAGUUCGUCAUGUGUAAGCAAAUAUAUAUAAUGCAAUCAGUUAAGGUUGUAAAAGUUUCUCACCUUUUUGACUUUCAGAUUACAAUUAUCUGUAUCUUUGUACUAAGUUUGGUUCUAGUAAUGGCAAUACACAUACAUACAUUUUGCAUUUUCAGUUAUAAUAUAUGUAAAAUAUUAUAUUUUAAAUAUGCUAAUAUAUACAUUGCAUAUGCUUGCCUAUGUUUUAAUUUUUUGAUCUAUUUACAUCAAUUUAUUUUGGAACAAUUUCUGAUCAAGUUUUGUAGUUUAGGAUAUGUUGAAAAUUUACAUUUUAUUUAACAUUGGAGAAUAAUACGAUUUUGAUCAUUUUAUUUGAUAACAACUUCGUUAUUUCCUCAUAUAACCUCCCUUUAUCUUAACGACAGAACAAUUCCCCAAACAAUUUUAGUAUAUCUACCUGACAGUGCUUGGAUAGCAUAUAAGUCCGCUACGUAGGAACCGUUUUCUUCGUUUUGGUGUCAUAUUGCAUUAUAUAUGUUAUGGGGACUAGGUUCUCUUUCAUUCUAUUUUAUUUUUUGUAGCCUCUCCUUAUUAUUUUAUUUUCAUUGGUCUCCAGAUAUUUUUAAAUUAAAAAUUAUUAAAGCUAAAAAUCAAACUGAAAUGUCAUUAUUGACAUAUUAUUUGCUAUAUACAUACAAAAUGUUCCACAAAUUCAACCCGCUACACAUUUUUUUGAUAAUUUUUUAAAGAUAUUUUUUAUUGCGUUUUCGGGUACAACACCUUUGUAAAAUGUUUCCAAUACAUAAACUAAAUGUCUAAUAAUAUGAACAACACAUGUACAUAUGUACACUUCAAGGGUGUGCUGCCGUUAGUAAUAUUAAGCUACAAGAAGCAACAUAUAAUAUGUAUGUAUGUAUAUCAGCAACAGCAAUAAGCAGUAGCAAUGACACAAGCAAAAGCAGUUAUUCAACUGAAAUUAAUUGGUUCAACAAAAAAGUAAUUAAAAAAUAUUAAUAAUUAAAUAAAAAUUGACAAUAACUUCUAUUCUAUGUAUACUGCAAAGUUAAACGGUAUACUUUGCGCAUACGCAAUGUGCUAGAUUGCGUUAAUCAACAAGGUUCUAUUCAAAAUGAAGUUUAAAAUGUUUACUACAAAUUGUAUAUUAAAGGCGAAAGGGCAUGAAAAUCUCCGACUGAACAUUCAGCAAACGCAUUGCCUUUCAGUGAUUAUAAUGUGAAAAUGUCAAACUAUUUAAUAUUACUCAUUUCUGCUAACAGUAUUUUGAAAUUUUUACUAAUACUUACAACGUAAUCUCUUUAAAUGUGCGAGUUUGCGCGAGUUACUAUUCUUAACUUAUUCGAUAAUGAUAAGUGCAAGCGUCUAACGGCAUUUUUUAACGAAUUUCGAUUUCAUAUUAUUAUGAAUAUUUAUAUAUAAUAUAGUAGUUUUAAGCUAAAAUGGAAAUUUCGAAUCAAUUACUCUUGAUUGCCUUGGAUUAAUUAAAUAUUAUUGCUAAAAAAACAAUAUUUGUGUGUUUAUAAGAAAUUGGAAAAUUAUCUUUCAACUUGCUAUUUACUAAAUAUAAGGCGCUUUAAGUCUCGAAAGAAAACCAUUAACUACCUAUUAAACUGAAUACCUGUAUACUUAAAUUUACUUAGGCGUACUUAUUUACAACCAUAUGUGUUUUAAACUAAAAAAAAAAUAGUAAAAAGAAUUUACGUUUUUUUUUCGUUAACUUUUAAGUAUUUAUUUACAUGCAACAUAAUUAAAGUAAAUGUGUGUUCUUAUUAAGAGAGUGGAGCAUAGCAUAACCGUUAAAGAAGCUCCCAUUUUAAGAAUAAUAAUAAAUGUUGUUUAAAAAAAGCUCAUGAUAUACAACAAAUACCAUACAUACAAACAUGAUAAGUGAAUAGCGUUUUUUGUAAGCUACAACAAACAUUAGAUUUAUAUAUAUAUAUAGUACAUACAAAUGUAUGUAUUUAAAUUGAAUUUAAAAAAUAAAGUUGUUAAAUGAGUUUAUAAUUCAAAUAAAUGUAAUCGACGUUACAAUAACAAUGGCGUUCAAAUUUAAUCGCUAUACAUAUUUACAUUACAUUUCAUUCAUGAUUCAAUUACUUUCACACCACUACAUUUUAUUCAUUCAAUUUACGCUUCAAAAU